AUGGAAAUGACCAGUCCUCCGAAACCAACUCGAAUAGUGAAUUGUUUAUUGCCGAAUACAGUUGAAGAUGAAGCUUUAGAGAGCAAAGGUGAUGAAGAUUUUUCCGAACAAAAUGGCGAAUUAAGCUUGAGUUCAAGGGAAAUUCUCAGCUUGCCAGCAUUAGCUGGUGAAGUUGCUGUAGCUCAAAAGCAACAAAUCAACGACUUGAGCAAAAGGCAAGAAGUUCUAGAUCAGCUUAAGGUAAAUUGUACAAGACUGUCUAACUUUUCAUGACAUUAGAAAAACAGUAGAUAUGAGUUUAACAUAAGCUAAAUUCACGAUUCGGUUUUCUUUUUUCAUUUUCUAAUACAUACAUGAACUCGCAUCGCCGGAAGGAGAAAAACCUUCAAGGUAAGCAUGCAUCACUCAGUACUUUACCAAAACUCGUCCAUUGUGAAUUAUUUAGGUGAAACUGUUUUUAAAUUUAUUUCAGCACACAAUAGCUUUUAAAAACUGCACGGCCAAUUAGCUAUUAAAAGAGCUUUCCAAGCAGCCAGUAAAGUUAGAAUUCUUCGUUCUCCUUUCUUUUCAAAUUAGUUCAGUUAAAGAUAAAUGCAGUUAAAGCUGAGGUUGCUGCCGUUUCGAGAAAAGUUUAUUUGACAGAAGAUGAUGUUUCAAGAAAGAAAGAAAACUGCCAGGCACUUAAGAAAGGUUAGUUUGUUGAAACGACGAAAAGUAUAAAUACUGGAAGCCCCUCAGUUUCAUUUUUGCACACGUGUAGGUUUUCAGGGGGUUUUACUGCAGCAUUCCCAGGAAAUGUACGGCAAACAGUGUAUAUUAAAAAGCGGUAUAGAUUUAAUACAGUAAAUAGACCUUGGGCGCUUUCCAUUUAGUCAAAAUUUCCGGAAAUUCCGGUUCGGCGGUAAAUGGAACACGUUUCGUCGGUUCGUCCCACUGGAAAAUUCCCAGAAAAAGUGGAAAAUCGAAAAAGGUAGUCCCGUUUUCCCGGUUGGAAUUUCCGAACGGAAUGUCGUGUUCCAUUGACGUUUCUUGUAGUUUGUAGCAGUUCCAGGUCCACGGUCGGGCACCCGGCCACGCACCGAGCUUUACGACCAAAUGGAACAACUUUUUACCGAUCGGAAAUUCCACUUUUGCUACCACCGAAAUUUCCGGUUUUUUUUCGUAAAUGGAAAGCGCCCCUUGUCACGGUUUUUGACGCCAUCUUGACGAGUAGGCAAACGCGUGAGAAAUUACAGUGUUUGUAUGAGAAUCCAAUGUCGAAUAAUUUCCGUAGAACGGCUGUUCUGAAAAAAAAAAAUGAACUGUAAACUAAAGCUUCACUCCUAAGGACUCUACUGAAAAAAAAUUAGGGCGUUUUAUGCACUAGAAGACCUACAGCCACGUUUUUAAAUUUUCUAUACAUUUGUCUGUUAGAAAUUCCCGGGAAAAAUUACAGACAAAUAUAUGGAAAAUCUAAAGCAAGCUUCUGUAGUAAUUUAAGCACAGAUACGCCCCCAAAAUUUUUUAUUAAAAUCUUUUGCUUUGUAGCUUUAGUUUACAAUUUAUAUUUUUUUCAGAAAAGCCGUUAUGCGGAAAUUAUUCGACAUUAGAUUCUCAUACAAACACUGUAAUUUCUAACGCGUUUGCCUACUCGUCAAGAUGGCGUCGAAAACCGUGACAAGGUCUAUUCCGAAAAUAAGCCCAGGGGCUUAUAUUUUUCAAAGGCCCUUUUAAUUUUGAGGGGCCUAUUUUUGGAGGGGCUUAUAUUCGGAGGGGCUUAUCUGCGGAGGGAAAUUUGCAUUUCAAAAUCGAUAGGGCUAGCCUUAUAGUUGGAAGUAAAUUUAACGUUUUUGCUUUGUUUUACUUUGUAUUUCGAGGGCAAUUUUCCAAGUACAAGCCCCGGGGGGCUUAUGUUUGGAGGGGCAAUUUAACGAAGGUUUUUUUGCGUUACCUGCUUGGGGGCUUAUAUUUAGAGGGGCUUAAACAUGGAGGGGCUUAUUUUCGGAAUUUUACGGUAUUUUGUAGAGAGCUAUUUUAAAAAAGACAGCGAUAUGUUACGCGGCACUUUUAAGCCAUUGUAUAAUCUUUAGCAGUUUGGUCUUUCGACACAGGUUCUGGUAAAGUGAUUUGAAAAAAAGCUACUUUGAUAUCUGAGCUUGUAGUUUUCUUAGUACUCUAACAAUACCCGAGUAUUUAAACAUAACCUGAGAUCAGGCCCAAUUUGAGCGGUUUUCAUACAUUCUCUCUACCGGCUACCGUUAAAAUUGGGGCUCUCUUUUCGUUUCGCCAUGCCCGCCGGAAUGUUAUUUACAAAUCGAAACGAAAAUAGAGCCUGAUCUCAGGUUAAUUUAAACAGUGCCAAUGUUCCUAAACGCGGGGCAUUGCUUGGGGAGGCCACGAUAAUUAGGUUUGGACACACACAAGAACUUGCCCCAAGAGCUAACGCAGUGGAGUGUAACAUAUGUUUGGCACAAUUUCAGCUGAUCCUGAUGUGCUAUAUAAGCCAAGGGUUUCAGGGACCUUCCCAUCCAAGGAUUCUUAAAGUACCCCGCCCGUCGCUUCCGUAUCGAACUCUCCUCACUAAUUUCUUAUUAUUACUAGUGUUAUGGUUGUUACAUUUAUGUAUCAAAAUCAGCCAGAUGAUAGGCUCCUGAAUCAGCACAAUAUCUACAUAUGACCACUAUUCGGUCUGUUACGGGCAUGUGCCACAAGAAAUCACUGCCAAGCUAUUUCAUCGCAAUGCAUAGCUAGAAAACAGUUUGGUAUACAUUCAAAAACAUAAUUUAAAAUUUAAUUUAAAAGCGUAUUCUAUUUUAAGAGUUUCCUUACACAUUUUAAUAACUAUCCAAACUUUUAAAUAUCUACCUAGCUGAACUUUGAAACGUUGCCUGUGCAUCAGUUCCAACAGUUCCUUACGUGGCAUAUUAGCUCUAUGAACAACCUAUAAGUAAUUUUGUGUGCUUUCCGGAUUGUCUCAGAGAUAGACGCACUUAUCUCCUCUGGGGAAAACCUUGCCCACCAACUGACGAUUGCAAAGGAGAAACAAAAGAGAGAAAGAGAGUAAGCAAGAGUAAACUUUUUUGUUUUUGGUAAGGUAAUGUAUGAUGAUAAGUUUAAAACAAAGGAAACAGAUUUUUGACCAAGCAUAAAAUUGAAAAACUGAACCACGAAUAUACGUUUAAUUGAGAAUAAACACAACCUGGUUUCUUCCACCAUACUGUUAAAAUUAAGAGUAAAAGAGGGCUAGAAAUUAGAGUUCGCGCAAAAAGAUGUUUUUCCAUCCUAAGGCAGCAAAAGAAAUGCUUUUGUAACCUUUCAUCUUUUAAUUUUUGCAGAACACACAAGACAUACCGAGCAAAAAUGUCAGAGCAUGCAAAGAAAGUGGAACUGCACGAGAUGAAUGCUCCCAUUAAUCUGAAUAUUGCAAAACAAAGAGACACGAACGCCAAUUUGACAGAGGAAUGUAUGCCUUACUUUAUUUAUACUUCAUGAGAAUUGAGGUUUUUCACACAGUGACGCAGGCGACUCGGAAGGAAAAAAUACGAGUCCCCUAUCCCCCUCUAGUUGCUUACCCAGAUUCUCUACCAUUGAGUUAUCGGUGGUUUCGAAGAAACCUAUAAAACAAUUAUUAAUAGGACAAUCUGUGUUGCCCCAAGCCUCUGUUCAAAGCGAGGCUAAGAGCGAAACCACUGAUAUAAGGAUGAAUUUUUAUUGUCAUCAGAAUGACAAUGAAUGUGAGAGUUUUAUGGCUUACUUUGUGCAUCUGACAAUCACUCUGUACAGGACUGGAAUGUCGAUAACGUCACAUAUUUUCACUCACAGAAGACAAAAAAAUAAACCUUGCCCGGAUUGUUCAAAGUUUGGUUAAGAUAACCCAGGGUUAGUGCAAAAUUUGAAUUCAGAUAUGAAAACAUAAAAAGCCAAUUCAGUUUUUUUCGUUUUGUCCACAAUUUGAUGAUUGGAAUAGAGAAAAUUAUCCGAGAAAAUGCUUUUGAAUAAAAGAAAAAGAAACCCAGUUUAAAUUUUAACCCCGGGUUAGCACUAAGCGCCCUUCCAACAACCGGGCCCUUGUCUUUUACAGUUUUUGUGUAAAACCGUUGAUGUGGAUGCGAUUCAAAGUCGUUCAGUUGUUCUUUUUUUUUGUUUUGUUUUGAUUAUGAUCAUUGUGAUUAUUAACACCUCUGUUAAGUAAGUUGUUCUCUUUUGGUCAAUUUUGUAGUGGAGCUCUUACGUCGUUUGGGAGACGAUUCCAUCCUUAAAAGCAUACAGGCUGAAAUAUUUCAGCUUAGAAACCGCCAAAAGUGUUUGGAGGAAACAAUUGUGUUAAAACAAGCUGAGGUUGGUAUAAACCAAUUUAUAAUGAAUUAUUCUCCCCAGCCUGGAAUUAACAUUUAACCCAUCCCCCUUGGAAAUUUUGCCCAAAAGCAACGUUUGAAAAAAAAAACCAUUCGUCUUCUGGUCAAAUUCAGACCCAAAAGAACCGAAACGGCCCACACCCUUGUUUAAAAUUAAACCCAUACCUUGCAUUUCUCUUGGUGCAAUCUCGUUUCAAGAGCCUCGUUAACGAUGCUAAAUUACAGUUUCCAAAAGUUCCGGCAUGCGUAAAGGGCAAAUUGACAUUGCCAUUAACCUUCACUUUCCUCCCCCGCAUCUUUCACUUUUCUUCACUCCGUUUUUCUUUUUGCAGGAAAUUUACUAGGCUUGAUUUCUGUGUGAAACUUUUAGGAUUUCAAAAUUAGUUUGAAGAAAGUGGAUUUCUUUUUCCCUCACGAACGCUCAGAACUACUGUAAUUAAGGCCUACAAAAAGAGGCAAGUUGAGCAUCACUCAUUAUAUAUCUCAAGAAGCAGCGCGAAUCGCCUUGUUUUCUAUAGAAUGGUAACAUGAACGAUCGUUUGAAGCUUUUUGUGGUCGAGUUACCAGUAGCUGAAAACCGUAAUAGCAUUUUUUUAGUAUGUUAGCAUACUGUAAGUUCUCGCCCGUCAAGAGCUUGCUCGCAGGCUACAAGUAUGCUUAAUUACGCACUUAAGAACUUUCGUAGUCAUGCAUAUAAGAAUGACUAUAAUUCAGGGUUUAACGAAUUUGUACAUAGAAGGGCUAUAUCGACGUUUAGGUCUAUCGAAAUUGUACAGUUUUAAGGUAAAACUUCAAUCGCCUCCCUGCUAUGAAAUUGGAUUUAUCAGAACAAACUGCAUCAGUUUCCUCCCUCCCUGCUAAACUUACUCACGCUGUUACACACAGUUUAAGACUCGUUGUUAGGUCUCUACUGUUUUCGCGUGUUUGCUUUCUUUAGUGCAUCAAAACCCUACAACCAUUCUUUUAAAUCUGCAGCUCCAAAACGAUAAUGAGAGGCAUACCCAACUAAGGAGAGAGACUGACACACUGCACGUAAGUUUGGCGGCUUCUACGGUCGGAAACUUGACUCCCUAAACGCUAUAAUUGAUUAGUCAUCUAAACAGUAUUCCUUCAAAUGGAUUAAAACUCCUUACUUUAAUUGAAGACGUUUAACCUUUCACUUUGUUUUUAAGUGGCUGUCAGUCGACACUAGAAAAAGCACGAAUUAACUUCGAAUUCGUCGUGAAAGUCUGAAAAAAAAAAAAAACAUCAGCAAACACACUGAAAAAAAGAAACAAACAAACAAACACUCACUACUUGAAAUUUAGUAUCACAUUCUCAGUCUUUCGAUAAAAAGCACUUAACGAAUUUGCAUGACUGAAGCCUCGACCCUUUCCGCCAAAAGAUUAAAUUUGUUGUAGAAACUAUCGUAGUCCUUCAAGUGGAUGAAAACUCCUUUCUUAAUUCUUUGAUGGCCUUUGACUUAACUGUUAAGUGGCUUACCGUCGGCACCCGUAAAAGCACGAAUCAACUACGAACUCGUCGUGAACAGCUGAGAGACGACAUCAGCGCAAUGAAAUAACGCACUUUAGAAUAGUGGAUACUUAGGAUUACAUAUCUCAUACUCAGACUUCCAAUAAAAAGGCAAAAAACGAAUUUGCAUGACAAAAGCUUCGACCCUUUUCGCAAAGAGUUAAGAAUGUUGUAAAUAAAAGCUGGGGAAGCAGGUUGGAAGACGUCACGAAUUUGGACAAAACUGUCUGUGAUUAGCACCUAAAAAAGAUCAAUUUUGAGCUUCAUGUGUCAUGCGGUCUAUAACAUGCUAUUUGCAGUCUUUCUAUCAAUAUGAAUGUAUAUACUCGGGAAGAUAAUGAGAUGUCUAAUGUGAGGUGAACGUGCCUUCUACCCUGUGAUAAGGCUUUCUUAAAAAAAGAAAAAAAAAACGGACAGAUAGGGAGAAAAGGAAGCUAAAGACACAUACUGAAACAAUGUCAUAAUACUAGGGAGAUGGCAGGAUCUCAGGCUAUGCGUGUGCCUUGUAAUUGCACAUCGCUGAAGUGGUCAUGUCUUUCCUCCAGUUCUUCAUAAGUAUGGAGACACAAUUGACAUAUGUAUUGUACUACUAACUUCUGAGUCCUUAGAUAAAACCCCAUUCUGCACCGAACCCCAUAGUGGAACUACUAAAAUUCAAACUUUUCCAAUUAACCUGAAUACUUUUGUAUUAUACUUAUCAUUUUGCAAUAUUCGGUACCUACAAAAUGAAUUUUGGUACCUCUUUUGGGAUUGAUUUCCCUUGCACCUCUUGUGAGUGAUAAAGGGUUGAAAGGAGUCAAAUCGAGUACAUUCAAUAAAAUCCCGUAAGUGAGAACCUACGUUGUAGUGUUAAGUGGAGAACCUGCAUGUCGGGCUAAAAUUUGCCAAUGUUAAAGUCCUUGUUUAAAAAUCAAAGCAUUAACCUUUAGGUGAUCAUUUUAUUAAUUCUUAUAACCUGUUGUUUUGACUUUGUAUUAAUGUCUUUAGGAGAAAGUUGAUGUUGGUCGCUCUUGGGACUCUUGGGACGUUAGAGUAAUGUUAUUAUUUUCUACAAAUUUGUGCUAACCUAUUUAGGCUAAAUUGCGAAGAUGCAGGUUCGUUCUUGAAGGUUUUUUUUUUUUUUUUUUUAUAAUAACAUUUAUUUGGUUACAACACUUCUAAUGACAAUACUUACAUUUACAUGGAGGAAAAAUAAAAACAAGGUACAAGAGAUAAAGGAAAAAUACGAUGUUACAGCAUUUGCAACUAAUUAAGCCUAAAAAACAAUUUUACAAAAUUGACUACUAUUUGCAAAAAUUGCAAAAUAAAACACGAUACAACAAAAACAGUCCUACCAACUAAAAGGUGAUUUGCAUUUGCAUUUGUUUCUGCAUCACUUUUAACUUUUGGAACUUUUGGAAUUAUUUAAUAACAGCAAGUUUAUUUGUCCGAGGGGCAAAGUUUAAGAGGGCUCCAUUUGUUUUUGAAGGAGGACAUAUUGUUAUUAUUAGAGGCAAUCUCUUUUUCAAUUUCCAAGGAGUUCAUAACGGUUUGUAUAUAAACCUGUAGCGCAGGGUUGCAGUUAUUUAACUUACAUGUGUAAAUAUAUCGUUUGGCGAUAAGGAAAAGAUGAUGUAGUAAUAAAUCAGAGAUAUUAUCAAUUAGUCCAAGACAGAUAAGAGGAGAGAAUGCAAUGGAUUUGUUUAAGGUGGUGUUUUGAGUUAUCCAUUGAUAAAUGUCUUUCCAGACUUUUUGAGUGUAACUGCAAUACCAGAACAAGUGGGCAAGGGUUUCAGUAAAUUCCCCGCAGAAAGAACAGGAGUCUGCUUGUUUUAGGCCGAUUUUAAAGAGGAAGUCGUUUGUUGCUAUUCGUCUGUGGAGGAACAUGAAUUGGAACACUCGUAACUUUGUAUUUGUUGUACACAGAAAGGGGAGGCGGUAUGUAUUUUCCCAGUUCACUUUCGCAUUUCCUAUUAUAUUUUCCUUAGACAGCCAUUUUCCCUGGCUUUUAUGAGGGGUGGUGGCCUUUUUUUCGAUAAUUGAUUUGUAAACGGUUUUACAGGCUUUUUCUGAGGCUAAUAAUGUUUGCCCAAAGGUCUUGGUUUUGGGUCCUCUAUUGGGUUGUUGAGAACACUUUUGCCUGAACAGUUUAACGGCUGAUACUACCUUAUAGAAUUCUAGAAAGUUAGUCUUGAUUUUAUAUUUAGCGAUAAAUGCAGUUAUGUAUAGCUUAAUAUAGACUUCCCGUCCGUGUCAAGGAUGUCUUUAACAUUUUUCACACCUGCGGUGAACCAAGAUUUAUAGAAAAUUGGUUUGUUCUCUAUUCUUAUGAGGGAGUUGUGCCAGAUCUGAGCUGACGUGAAAUCUAGAUUGUUGUCCUUAUAAUUUAGGGUCGUCUAAUAUUCCAUAAUCUCAGCUAAAAAUGGAUCUCGCAGAUUAAGGAAACGAACGUCUUUAGGGCUUAAGUUUCCCCAGAAAAAUAAUUUCUCUCCAAAUUGUGCUAGUCGAUGAUUGAAAAAAAGCUUCCGUUUCCCUGUAUCUUGAUCAUCUAAAUAGCUUUUUACCCAUUUCAUUUUUAGGGCCUGGUUAAAACUAGCAACAUCGAUCAUCUUUAGCCCCCCUUUACUGUAAUCGUUGAUCAUUUCUGUUCUUUUUAUUUUGUCCCCUUUAUUGUCCCAAAGAAAAUCGUAUAACAGAGCGUUAAUUUCCUUUGUGACCCCUUUCGGUGUCGGAAGGGAGGAUAACACGUAAACAAUCUGAGAUACUGCUAGAGCUUUUAGAAUGGCAAUUUUACCCAUAAGUGUGAGUCUUCUGGCCGACCAGCUCCCGAGGAUUUUUUUAACCUUUUCGAUUUUCUCAGUGAAAUUAUAGUCAAUAUUGGCUGGCCUCGAUGUCGAGAACCAAACUCCUAAGGCGUAGACCUUUCCCUCUGCCCAAAAGAUAGGUUUACUCGAAGGAAUAACAGCAUUAGUAUUCUUGUGUGAACCUAUCCAGAGGGCUUCAGUUUUCUCAUAGUUUGCUUUCAAACCUGAUACAUUUGCAAAUAUGUCUAGUACGUAUAAUGUUCUCGAAAAAGAGCGUUCUGAGCAAUCUAAGAUCAUUGUUGUGUCAUCUGCAUAUUGGGACAGUUUACAAUCUGAGUUACCCAAUUUGAUACCGCGAAUUUCUGUAUCCCUUCUCACUGCGUUACCCAAGAUUUCAGCACCCAAGAUAAAUAAAUAGGGCGACAGUGGGCACCCCUGUCUUACUCCACGAUGUAAAGAAAAGAAGUCGGAUGCCCAUCCAUUGUUAAGGACACAGCUACUUAUGUUCGUAUAAAAAAGUUUAACCCAGCUUACCAAGGAUGUUCCAAAGUUAAAGCGUCUUAGUGUUUUCUCUAUAAAAGACCACUCUAUACUGUCGAAGGCUUUUUCAAAAUCUACAAAUAACAACAGGCCCGGGAUUUGUUCCAUAUUUGUGUGGUUAAUAAUGCUCUCAAUAAGUCUGAUAUUUUCUCCUAUAAAUCUGUUUUUCAAAAAACCGGUUUGAUCAUUAUUUAUUAUGUUCGGCAAAAAUUUCUUCAUGUGGUUUGCUAUGGAUUUAGCUGCAAUCUUGUAGUCGCAAUUGAGAAGAGUUAUAGGUCUCCAGUUCUUUAAAAGGUUAGCCGGUUUGUUCUUUUUUGGUAAAAGAGUAAUUAGACCUCUUCUUUGAGAAAUUGAUAAACAUCGUUUUUCAUAUGCACCAUUUAGCGCACUAAGUAAGUAGCCUUCAAUGUCUUCCCAGAAAACCUUAUAAAAUUCGGCUGGAAGGCCAUCAGUCCCAGGAGUUUUGUCCGAUGCCAUAGUUUUUAGACUAUUUAGGCAUUCCUCUUUUGUUAAGGGCCCUUCGCAUUCUUCCUGCGCCUGUUGGUCGAGUUUUACCGUAGAUUCUUCGGAGAAGAAAAAAGCGUCGUGAGCAGAGAUAUCAGGCACGCGUGAUGAAUAUAAGUUUUGAUAGAAAGAUUUUGCUUCUGUUAAGAUUUCCUCAUCUGUUUUGAUGACGCUACUAUUCUCAAGCUGAAGUUGCCUUAUGGUUUUGGUAUUAAAAUGCCUUUUUUCCAAGUUUAAGAAGUAUUUCGUGUUUUUUUCUCCUUCGUUAUGCCCGCGGGCUUUGGAUCUUAUCAUGGCUCCUCGAGUUUGACGCUGGACAACGUUUUCUAACUGUAAUUUUUUAACUUCUAAUUCAUUAUAUAUAGUGGUCUUGCUGGUUUCAGAUAAGUCAUUUUCUUCCAGUUUCUUCUGUAGGGACGUUAUGACAGACUCCAGAUUUGUUUCUGUUAACUUCAUUUUGCCUCUCUUAUGUUUUGCGUAUUGUAUCGACUUCGAACGAAUUUGCAUCUUCAUUGUAUCCCAGAGGAGCACGGCAUCAACCUCAGUGUUAUUUUGGUAUUCAUUUGCAACUUCAGUGAUUGUCAACUUCAGUCUGAUAGAAAAGACGUAUUUAGCUUCCAGAAGCCUGGGCCCCUGGAAUUGGUAUUGUUUGCAAGGUGGAGCGUUAUCAAAGAAUGGUCUGUUUUGUACCCUGGUAAAAUAUCAGCUUUUGUAAUUGCCGAACUUAGACUAUUACUCGUCAAGAAAAAGUCUAAGCGACAAUGAAUUUCGGGUUUGCUUCUUCUCCAAAUGAAUCUUCUGAUAUCCUGAUUGGAGACCCGCCAAAUGUCGAUAAGGUCUAGCGAAUUUAUUAUGUUCUGAACUUCCCUCAAAGAAUUUUUGUGAGUGGUCAGUCUUCCUCCCUUCUUAUCAUUUUGGACGUCCAAUACUAGAUUAAAAUCGCCACCCAGGAUAAUGUCCUCGCACUCGAAAGAGAGGAGGUGGCUGAGAACGUUUUUAAAAAAAUUCGGAUUGUCAUCGUUUGGCGCAUAAAUGUUUCCCAAGGUUAUAGUCUUAUUUUCAAGUUUCAAAUCUACUAAAAUAAAUCUUCCAUCUGGAUCAGAAAAUUGUUUCUUGAUUUCGAAUUGAAAGUUGUUGUUAAACAGGAUGCAUACCCCUGCACUUGAGCUAGAAACACUACUAAAAAUAGCUGAGAAGCCCCAUUCUGAUGACCACAGUCGUUCUUUUUCUUUGGUGCAGUGGACUUCUUGAAGAAAGAAUAUUCCAAAUUUUUUCAUUCUAAGCCAACGAAAGGUUUCUCGCCUCUUAAGGUUGUUGGAUAAGCCCCUCACAUUAAGAGAACAGAUUAUCAAUUCGUCAAUUGGGAACUUGUUGAUGAUUAAAAGUAGUGAACUGGAAUGCAGAAACAAAAUGCAAAUUGCGAUAGUUAACACUUCGUAGGACUGAAAAAUAUUUUCUACUGACCGAAAAACCAAAACAACGGCUACACUGGAAACAUAAAACUAUAAACAAAAACAAAAAAAAGGUAAAAUUUAAGCGGCUUAGGGAGAACAUACCUUCAAAACAGAAAGAUCGACGGAUCCGGAAAGGACGGAACGCCAAAUAGUUUAACUUUAGAACAAUAUACAAAGAGGAAAGAAUCCGUUGUGUGCAAACGGCGAAGCAAACGUGGAGUACUAGUCUCGGUCUUAAAGGUUGCCAUAGCAAUUAAUGCAAAGGCAACUGAGAAAAAUCGAAUUACACUGACCUGAGUAAAGAAAACUUCUACGAGCGUGUAGAUUCAGCUGCAGGUUUAAGUUCGUCGGGUAUGUUACCAACAUGAUAAACGUUAUCAUUUAUCACUAGAUUUCUGUCCACUACUUUCGCGCUCAUGCCUUUCUUCCGCGCUAUGAACAUCGCUUUAAUUAGUUCCUUUCUUUCAAGCUGUAUCGCCUUUGCAUAGUCUUUAGUUAUAUACGCGUCUGGAUAAUCCGUCGAGUGUCUCAAUCUUCCUUUCGCUUUAAGAACACGGUCCCUAUCUUCCCGGCAGAGAAAACGCGCAAUGAUGGGUCGGGGAUGGUGAUGGGAGUCCUCAGGCGAACGUGGCUUACCGACUCUGUGGACAGCAUGAAAGUAUAUAUUCUGUGUGUUUAUGUUCAACCCGUUCUCGACGAUAUCAUAAACGGUGUCAGUGCAGUUCUCGUGUUCUUGCUCCGGUAUAUUCAUAAAUCGGAGAUUCUCUCGGCGAGAGUAGUUUUCCAGUGCGAUGAUUUUUUCCUGUUCCUCGGAUAGCUUGGUAUUUAAAAGGUUGAUUUGACUCUCCUGCAGAGCAAUUUUUGCUUUAGCGCUUUGUGAAACACCAUUGUCCUCGAGGUGUUUUUCCAAACUUUCUUUAUGUUUCUUUCGGAAUUCUGCGUGUAUUUUUAGUUCAUCUUAGAGAUCUUUGAUUGUGUCCCACGCCGCGUUCAAUGAUGUUUCCAUAUCAUUACUUUCUCAAUUUCUUCGUUGAGUUCAUGUCUAAGACAUGAUAACUCGGAUUUUAGACUGCCGAAGAGGUCUUCCAUUCGAGAUUCCAAGUUACACAGCUUAUCCAUAAUGUUGCCGAGUGAGACGUGAUGGUCGUCCUUACCUGGCGUCCCAUCGCGGAGCAAGCGUUUCGGCGAUGGUUGAUACUGUGAAGAAGAUGAACUCGAAGAACGUGUUUCACGUUGAUUCCGUUUAGACAUUGUUUUAAAGAUGAUUAUAUGAUCGGAGGGUGUUUAUACAGCGGCGUCUGUCCCUUUCCGAAUGAAGGAAUCAGAGAGAGAUUUUUUUGCGACUGUCGGCCAUCAUGCUCUUCCCAACGUUUUUACUAGAACUGCAUGUGCAGUGGAAGAGGUUACUGAUGUAACAUACAAGGACACUGUCUCCAAAGCCUCAUGCCAAACUAAAAGAACGGUUAGCCUGCGUAGUACAGGCGUUUGACGAACAGGCUGACGGUUCUCAACGGCAAACAUUUUGAAUUGUGAAAGUCUCCCUGAAGUUCUAUCAUCAGUAAUUACUCCAUAUGAGCCCAAAAAUAUCUAAUUCUGAAAAUCUUUUGCUCUUCAUGCUUGUAGAAACGUAACAAAGCUCAGCUGACCAGACUGAAACGCCAGCUGCAAGAGGCCAACUCCCGCAACCGACGCUGGAACGAUGAGGCCUGUCGGCUGGAACAGAACAUCGCACAGCUCAAGCGUCAAGUGGAAAAAUAACCGCCAAUGAAAUAACCCUGAAGUUUUUUGCACCUAUGUUCCCCGGUCUGUUCUGAUUGACUCACGAUCACCAUUCAUUUCCUCUACUCAGUUAAGUUCGACAAAAAAAGCAAUGAAAAACCCUCUUGGAUCAAACGUCAAGCAGCUCAAGUUCUUCUAAGUCAUGCGUUUUGUUUCACAUACCUAAUCUUUUUAAUUUAAGAUGCUUCAAACUUGUUAUCGUGAAAAUACUUCAUAAGGUUCUGAGGGCACAACUUAAAGAAAUCAGUGCCCUCCUCUUUAAUACUCAAAUCAAACAUUCACGAAUGUUUGCAGCAUGAGAUCAUGCAUUUCAUUAAUGGGAUCAGAGCACUAAAGAAUCCUACGUGUAAUAAAUAUAUAUACUUAGUCUCAUAUUAUAACUGCAAAAAGAAUGGGCAGUCCAUGUAUUUAUUGAAGGAAACUGAUAACUUACUAUAGUUGUCUAAACAAGAAAAACUGGGUUAAGGAAUAAGAUAACCUUUUUCUAGUCACGGUUGAUGAAAGUCUAAGCUAUCUUUUUAGUUUGAGCAGAAUAAAGUACAUUCCCAUACAGUUUCUAGUGAUUCUCAGUAUUCUAAUUAGGAGAUCAAGUGGAACACGACUUAUGCGAAUACUGCCUUAUUUUAACACGUCACUGUGACCUUGGAAUUAAUACAUGUACAUCUGACAAAUUUAGACCCCGUUCAGUUCUUGUGUAUUAUCGAUACUUCCUCUGUGGUCAAGAGGUACUGUAUAUUUAAAGCGUACCGCAUUCCAUUAAUAUCCGCUCUAGCUUGCAGCCAUUGCUAUAGUUACUUAUAAACCCUAUUUUGUUCUUUAUUUGAGGCUCAGAACUAAUUCAGAAUAGUACGACUCCAAAAACCAACUGUUUGCACUGUGUUUGGAAGAUCUAGGACUUACGCAGUGCGGCACAGUUCGUGAGCUGAGCUAUAAUCGUCAUCGUACGAUCGUCAAUUGCCAAUCAAGUGCGGUUGUUGCUUGAAUGAUCAUGAAAGAGAUGAUUUUGUUGAUCUUAAUGGAAAACAAAUGACUAUUCUUCUUACAUUACCACGGUCAAGGUUAAAAUUGAUAUUCCGUAUUACUCAAUGGUUAGAAAAAUUUGUCGACUAAUAAUAUUGAGUAGUUAAUGAAGGAUCGCUUUCAACUCUCACCUUGAAUCGUACAUCUUCUGAAAAUCAAUAUGAGGUCUAUUAGAAGAAAUACUCCGUUUUACACCUUUGUUAAUUAUCACUUUCCAUUCAAAGUUAAAUCUUGCCAACUAAUUAAAAUCUUUUUUUGCAACAGUAUCAUUGUAAAGUGUUUACGAAAGUUACGUGGUCUAUUUGUUUCCAAUGUCAUACUGUUUUUAUUGUUUAACUUUGCAAACUUUAUCUUCUUUCUACUUGAAGUUUGUACAGUAAGAACGCAUAAAGAUGAAUCAAUGAAACAACUUUCUCCUUUACUUUCUCUCUCAGCUAUGCCUAGGACCGUCUCAAAUGACCAUAAACAGACCUCUUUUCCCUCUGACGUCCUUGGAUGAAAACACCGGCUGCGGCGUUUUUGACGAUGUUCGUCAACGCGUAAAAUGCCAUCGGCGUUGUCACCUUACUUAGAGAGCCAAGGUUACUAGACAUGUAUUUAGUCACGCAAGUGUAACUAAUUACCCAGUAUGGGCCGGAUGGCACGGAUAAAGACAAGUUGUCACUGAAGAACUUAGACAUGGACUAAUGUCACUCUCUUCUUUAUUACUGAUUAAUUGCAUCUUCUGCUCACAGUUUGGGCUUCACUACCAAAUAGCUGCAAAGUCAGGGUGGACUCUGCAAAACAAACCAAUUAGAAGAAGUAUCUGCAUUGUUUACUUACAAUAGGGUAUAGUUAAAGUAGCGAACGGGACAGGGGGUGGGAGUAAGGGGUGCAAGGGCAGGAUACAAUCACGAAAUCACUUUUGCAACCCUUAGUUACAGUACUUUUCUAUAAAUGCUUCAACCAAAUAUCAUUUACUGAAGUUCUUUUACUCAAUUCUCAAGUGGCUUUGGUUUUAUUCUCCAAAACCAUACUGCUGAGACACGCUCGCCCUGUUUGGAAAACAAACAGCGCAUGUCAAGUGUGACUUUGCGACCUUGGCAUUGGAAAAUGUUCUCGUAAACAACCAAGGUUACAGACAGAACAGGUACCGUAUAAAUACCACACAGAAUGCUGCACUGAUGUAACAAAGUGCAGUAUACUAGGACAAGCCCAUUACCCCAGCUAUACGCAGUCAACAUGGAAGUCACUUUCCUCCAAGAGAGCUCAAUGCUGUAUUCAGUUUUUCUAUGCUGCUUGCCUUUCAUCGUCGUGUUACUUUUCUUUGGCUGGUCCAAGGUGCGGGGAAGAAACACUCCUCCUGGGCCGUUCGGUUUGCCUCUAAUUGGCAACUUGUUCCAACUGGGAGAUUCUCCACACAUCGCCCUUACUGAGAUGGCCCAAGUUUAUGGAAGCGUCUUUUGCAUCCGUCUUGGUGCGAGGAAGGCCAUCGUUUUGAACAGCCACGACGUUGUGAAAGAUGCCCUCGCGAGGAGGUCUUGCCAUUUCUCCUCGAGACCGCCCUUUCACAAUUUCCUAAUUAGCAGCAAUGGAGGUAAGAGCAUAGCGUUUGGCUACAGUGGUCCUCUGCAUAAAAGAAACAAAAAACUGGCCUCUCGUGCCCUACAUGCUGUUUUCAGCGAUGUAAAACGUUUUAAUACUGUAGCGCAACAAGAAACGGAACGCUUUUGUAGAGAGCUAAUAGAAAGCACUUGCGGAGCUCUCGACUUGACUAGUUACAUCAGAGAUCUAUUGAUCAAUUUUUCAUUUAGACUCGUGUUUGGAGAUAACUUUAAAACAAAUAACGCGGCUGAAUUCCAGAGCAUCUUGAAGAGAUCAACUGCCUUUAUUGAGAACAAUGCUGUCGUAAACUUGCUCGACUUUUUCCCGUGGCUUCAUUUCGCUUUGCGAAAGCAGUGCAAGGCUUUGAAAGCCUCUGUAAGGGAGCUGAUCGACUUUGUGGGGAAAGUUUACAAUCUGCAACGCCACGCGAGUGUGGAAGACGCUGGUGUCAAUGCUGCUGCAUCGUUGGAUAAAAUCAUCGAAGAAGAAAUUGAAGAAGAGGUUAAGAUGCAGUUAGACAACGACUCUGUAGUCACAAUUAUAGCUGAUAUCUUUGGAGCAGGCAUUGAAACGGUGUCCACAGCGUUUCACUGGGCGCUGCUCUUUAUCCUCUCUGACCCUGGCUUGCAGAAGGAGCUGCAAGCUGAACUGAAGCGCGAGAUAGGAACAGAUCGCCUUCCCACUCUUGAAGACCGCGCAAGGCUGCCUCUGCUACAAGCCACCGUACUUGAGGUUCUGCGUAAAGCUUCCGUUGUUCCCUUAGCACUCCCACACUAUACAACUGAAGACUCAACUGUUGCUGGCUACCAUAUACCCAAAAAUUCCACCGUGAUAGUGAAUCUCUGGGCUUUGAGCCAUGAUGCAAAUCACUUCCAAGAACCAGAGGCUUUUAAUCCGUAUCGCUUUCUUGACGAGGCUGGGCAGAUUCGGCUGGAUUUGCAGCCGCUUUUCCUUCCUUUCUCCAUUGGUGGAAGGCGUUGCCUCGGUGACACCCUAGCAAAGGCUGAGCUGUUUAUGUUCCUGGGUUGUAUGCUGCAGCUUGUGAAUCUUCAGCUUCCCUGUGACAGCGAAAAACCUAACCUGCAUGGUGGAAAGUUUGGAUUAACUUUGAAACCUUUUCCUUUCAAGGCUCAUGUAAUUCCAAGAACCACUGAACAAUAUGAACAUUAG